GAGGACAGCAAACAGAAGAACGAGAGACCGGUGAAGAGAAAGAAGGAAGGAGUGAUUAGUUCAGGGAAUGAAUGGACGGCUUUUAAGAGAUGAAGCCGGCGAAAGAUCCAAAUUCAUUCCAUCGCCGUCGUCCUAAGCUAGGUUGUUUAAGCCUCUAUUAUACGAGAGCUGAAAACAGCCAGGCAAGAAAGGCCGAGCUGUGGCUGACGAUGAUUGAGCGGUUCAGGGGAUUCAGUCAUGGUGGCCAAAAAGCCUCUUGCAUAGUCCCGGACGCUAAUCUCCACAUUCAACAGAUUGUAGACAUCUUAGCCGAGAUAGCUUGUGGCUAGACUGCAGCUGAGAGCCUGAAAGUCUCUCGAUCUGGAAGAAAAAAGUGGGACAACCUUUUCUUAGCAUCCCUUUUCAGGGACAAAGCUGGCGA